CGUGAGGUGGAACAAAGACAGGCCGAAGAGGCUGAGGCAAAAAAGCAGGCUGAGCGAGCUGCACGGCGAAAGGCCGAAAAGGAGAAGGCAGACAAGGAGGAUGCUUUGCGUCUUCAGCGUCAAAAGGAUGCGGAAGAGGAUGCCAUGCUUCGAGAAGAACGACGAAAACGGCGACAGCAGGAGGAAGCUGCAAGGAAGCAGCGAGAAGCUCUGAGGCGCCAGGAAGACGAGCAGAGACGGCAAGAGAGGGAGCGUCAGGAGAAAAAACGCAGAGCAGAGGAGGAGGCAAAGCGCGCAGAAGAGGAACGACAACGAGAGGAGUUGCGAUUGGCUGAGGAGUUGCGUUUGGCUGAGGAGCUUCGGCGCAGGCUUGAAGCAAGAGUAGAAACAGAGGAGGAAGCUCGACGCCGGGAAGAGGUGCAAAAGGAGGAGCGAAGGAAGCGUGCAGAACAGCGAAGGCGAGAGAUCAAAGAAAAAGCAGAGCGAGCUAAAAAGGCUGCUGCUGCUGGGCUGCCGCCCAGCGCGGCUGCGGCGGCAGCGGCCGCAGCCUUGGCGCGGGAAGCAGCGCCAGCAGAGGUACAGGUCACUGUGGCGGUGCUUGGACACCAAGGAUCAGGCAAAUCAACACUGGUGGGAGCGCUGAUGCUUGCCACUGGAGCCAUAAAUGAGCGAGACUUGAUGAAGAGACGCAAGGACCUGGAACGCUUCCCCUGCGAAGAGCUGCAACGAGAGGAUGGCCUCCGUUCGCCUGGUGGGGCGGAGCUGACGCUGUUGGAUGUGCCCGGAGGCCGCCGUUGCUUGCCACAAGCUGUACAAGCAGCAGCUGAAGCUGACAUUGCGCUGCUGGUGGUUUCAGCCAAGGGCAGAGAGUUGGAAGCAGCGCUCAGAGAGGCCAGCGGCACUUCGGCGUUGGCUGAGCAGCUGCGGGUGGCCAAAGGUCUUGGCGCCCGGAGGUUGUUGGUGGCUGUGAGCAAGAUGGAAGAGGCUUCAUGGGCACAGGACCGAUUCAACGAUGUUGCCUCCGCCUUGGCUCCAGUGCUUACCAAUGCAGGCUUCAAUCAAGCAGCUGCAGUUUUUGUGCCAGUGGAUGGACUCUCCAAUCAGUUGGAUGCCCGGAAGGCCACCUGGCACUCGGGCGGCUCCUUACUCCACUGCCUGGAUGAAGCCACAAAGGGCUGCGCAGAUGCCAGGUCCGGAGCUUUGCAAGUGCUCCUCUUCGAGUCCUUGACCACGGCGAAAGGUCUUCGUGUACGUGGCCGCGUGGAACAAGGAGUUCUGCAGCCUGGCCAGCGAUGGAAUUUGGCGCCUGGCAAUGCCUCUCUGGGCAUCGAGGUGCUACAGACGGCGACCAGGCAGCCCAUGCCUUUGCAAGAGGCAAAAGGCGGGCAAAAUGUGGAAAUACAGCUCAGUGGGAACUUGCCAGACUGGCCCAGCACUGCAGGUGCCACCGGACAUGCCUGGCGGGGCUCAGUGCUUCAUGAGGCAGAUAGCUUGCAGGUGAGCGAUUACGUCAAAGCGAAAAUGGAAGUCAUAGAGAUGCCACGGCCGUUGACUGCUGGAUUUAAAGCUGUCUUGCAUGUCCAUGCAGCCACAGUUGAAGCUGAAGUUGAGAAGAUUCUGGACGCCUUUGACUGGUCUACUGGAGUGACCACGGAGAAGCCUAAAGUUGUGAAGGCUGGCCAGCGGCUCACUGUCAUGCUGCGGCUGUCUCGAGAGGUGCCACUUUGUGCAUCACCGGACAGCCGACUGGGUAUGCUGAUGUUGCGCUUGGAGGAGACCACUGUGGCUAUCGGUCAUGUUUUGGAGGUGAAGUGAGUGCACAAGGCGAAACCGUGGAGCGACUUCAGCGACUUCGCAAGAUGCUGCGCUGGAUUCCGAACCUCGAUGCCUGACACAAAUAGGUCCUGUCCCUGUCACCCAACAGGCGAUUAU